CUGACUUGAUCUGACCUUGAACGUGACAGGAUGGCUGAACUGCAGCUCAGGUCAAAUGCUGCUCUUGCCCUUUCCCGAAGAGUCGGACCAUGGGUGUCGUAUUGUCUGUUUUCUGUCGUCUUUUUGGGGCAAAAAAUUACAAAGCCCUAAUUUUGGGUUUGGAUAAUGCCGGGAAGUCCACGAUCCUUUACCACUUUGUAUUGAAAGAAGCCAUUCACACUCCACCAACGAUCGGGAGCAAUGUUGAAGAAAUACAAUGGAAGAAUUUGCACCUUAUUUUGUGGGACAUCGGUGGUCAGAGCUCGCUCAGACCAUCUUGGAGCACUUAUUUUGCUGGGUCUGAUUUCGUAAUUCUCGUUGUUGAUAGUACCGACCGUGAACGGCUUUGGUUAACUAAAAAGGAACUCCACCGCCUUCUUAUCGCCGAGGAAUUAAAGAAGUCGUGUAUGCUCAUUUUUGCCAACAAACAAGACGUUUCUGGCUGUAUGUCAGUUGCUGAAAUUAGCCAAAACUUGAAUCUGACAUCUAUCAGAGACCGUCCUUGGCACAUCCAAGCCUGUUGUGCUUUAACCGGUGAAGGCCUCUCGCAAGGUCUGGAUUGGUUCGUCUCUCAAACAGGACGAUGACGUUAUGGGAUGCGCUCCACCUAUCACUCAACGUUGUAUUUUAUGCUCACGGGAAUUUGCCAUACCAUUGGAUUGACCGUGCUACCUAGUCCCCAUCCAUACGCCGCCUUUGAUUAUCACAGCUAUCAUUCAGCGUCCCAAUGCGGAAGCCCUCUUUCAAUAUGCACUUUCCACAGACAGAGCUGCAUUCACUUUUUGGCGUUAAUCGGAUUAAAUACUGAAUCAUCUUCCCGUGUACACCUCCAUUUGUUUCACGGUCACUUGAGUUUGCUUUUGAGUUCGCCAGAUUUAGACGAUUGCUAAAGUCAAGUGCAACGUAUCUUCCUUCGGAUUGUUAAUUUUCUGCAUUUUUAACGUUAAUGGUCAGAUGCAAAAUGUACACAACUGCAAUCG